AUGCACAGCCUCGUCCUCCUGUGCGCCCGCCGCCUGCUCGGCCACCGGCCCGACGCCCGCCGCGCUCUGCCCUUCCUGCCCUCCGAGCUCUACCCCGUCCUGUUCCAUGCGGCCUUCCUGGAUGGCCGCGCGCUCGCCCUGCAGGACCUGGUCACCUCCUGGCCCUUCCCCGUGCUCAGCUUCCGGUGCCUGCUGGGCCGCUGCAGGCACCCCCGGCACCGCGCCCACCGCGCGCCCCCCGACAAGCUCUGCGUCCAGGCCGUGCUCGCCGCCGUGGUGGCCACCGUACGGAGGGCGCUGGAGGAGGCACAGCAAGGGCCCAGGUAUGGGGGUGCCCUGGGGCUCUGGUUCCGUGGGGUGGUGGUGGUGGUCAAUGGUGGACUGGCCGGGAGCUCUCCCCAUUCCCUCCUUUCCAACCCCAUUCCCUGUCUCCCCAUCUCCAGACAGUGCCACCUGCGGGUGUUGGACAUGACGGGUCUCCAGGACCACGACAGCCCCAGCGACCGCGGGCCAGAAGGGCUGAGCCUGUGGUCCGGCACGGUGGCAUUGGCCAAAGCUUGCCUCGAGGUGGCCAAACACCAAAGGGAAGUGCAGAAACGCCAUCCCUCGGGAAGCUCCUCCCCACCCCAUCCCAUGGGAGUGGAGAUCCGCGCCGACCUCUUCGUCAACAGCACGUCCUGCGGCGUGCUCCGGGAUGCUCUGCUGGCCGGGGGCACCGCGCUGCGGCUCCGCUGCCGGGAUCUCCACACCGAGGAGCUGUCGGCGAGCGGGAUCGUGGCGCUGUUGGAAUGCCUGGAUGCCGGCGGCGUGCGCCGCGUGGAGCUGCGCUUCAACAACCUGGGGCUGGCCGGGCUCUGCACCGUGGUGCCGCGGCUCAGCCGGUUCCCGGAUCUGCUCAGCCUCAAGCUGCCCUACAGCAACGUGGACGUGCGGCACCACACGGCCGGAGCCGAUGCCGGGUUCCGGCGCCUUUCCACGCACCUCGGGAAGCUCCGGGCGCUCCGGGAGCUCAAUUUGGGAUCGUGGUGUUUGUCCGGGAAGCUCCGGCAGCUGCUGCGGAACCUGGAAGCUCCUCUGGAAAGCCUGGAACUGGCCUUCUGCUACCUCCUUCCCGGCGACCUCACCUUCCUCUCCCAAAGCAUCCACGCUCCAGCCCUGAAGAAGCUGGACUUGAGCGGCCACCCCUGCACCGAGAGCCUUCUCCAACCUCUCUGCUCCCUCUUGGAGAACUCCUCCUCCCUCCUGCACCUGGACCUCAUGGAAUGCCAACUCACCGACUCCCGCUUGGAAGCCCUUCUCCCCUCUCUGUGCCGCUGCUCCCUCCUCCGAUGCUUGGGCCUCUUUGGCAACCCCUUGUCCACAACGGGCCUCAAGACCUUGCUCCAGCGAACCUCCGUCCUGCAGGACCUCUGCCUCGUGGUCUACCCAUACCCCGUGGACUGCUACAGAUGGGACUCACCACAGCCACCGGUAGCAUCCAUUGGGAUGCCCGAGGAUGCUCUGGAUGAGGAGCGCUUCACCGCCGUCAGCGCCGAGCUCUGCCGCAUGCUGGCGAGCGCCGGCAGGGACAACGCCACGUGGACCGCCAACCUCUGCCGCCACGGCACCCUCGACUACUUCACCUUGGCAGAGCUUCAGCCCACCCCGCAGCGCUGGUGA